AUGACACGUGAGACGCCGGCUGGAGAUGCUCCGGCCCAGGACUCCAAGCAGAAUUCCCAGCACCCAAAGAAGGAUCCAAUAGAUGCCACAAGAAAGCCUGCAGUCCUCGAACGACGGGGCUCUGCGCUCCUGGAUUUCUUUUCCUCGUUCCUGGGAACAAAGAAUCCGCUGGCUCAUCCCGCGAGCCCACAAAAGCACACAGUGUGGUUGCUGGAUAACACGGCCUACCAGCCCGUCGACACGUCCGAUCAGUCGGUUUCUCAGAGCUGGCAAGCGGAGGUGGUGGCCUGCAUCUUCGAAAAAGAGGGCCGCAAGGAUGUCGGCAAGCUAGUGGCCGCGAUCGCAGACCAUAUCGGUCUCGACGGGGAACUUGGUGGCGAUCAGGAGACCCAUGAGCGGAUUAUGCAUCGCGUCCAGCCAUUUCUCGACGAUGUAUCCCCGUCCCGUAUGCUCACCUUGAAAGUGCCUGUCGAAAGGACAACCCAGACACAUACGAUAGGCCCGUCAGACCGAAACGGGAUCAUUAGCCAAACCGUCGAGUUUGGGAGGUCUAGCGUGCAGAAUGGGACCGUGGUCCGCCCGUUUGUACACAGCUUUGUUGAGAAGACUGCGACAAUGGAGAUGCGGUUCGCGGCACCGGAGGGCUGGCUGAUAGUCUCUGACAUCGACGAUACCAUUAAACGCACGAUGACGCGGGAGGCUACGGGCAUUCUUCGCACCACCUUUGCUGAGGAACCGGUGCCUAUCGCCGGCAUGCCAGAAUUUUAUCGGUAUGUACAGGGCGAGCUUGAUCCGACCUGGUUUUACCUCUCUGCGUCGCCGUACAACUUGUACCCGUUCCUGCAUCAGUUCCUGCAUGAGCACUACUGCCCCGGCACGCUGAUCCUCCGCGAUUAUUCUUGGAUGGAUAUUAGCGGACUGGUCAAGUCAUUCACAGAGAACACGCAAGAGUACAAGGUCGAUCGGAUGGAGAAGAUCCAGCGGUGGUUCCCCAGCCGCCGCGUGCUCUGUAUCGGUGAUUCAACGCAGAAAGACCCCGAAGCCUAUGCGGAGAUGUUUACCCGUCACCCGGGGUGGAUCCAUGCUAUUGCCAUCCGCAAGGUAACUGAUGUGGCUCACAUGGAGGAGAAAAACAAGCCGGAGCGGUUUGAGGAUGCCUUCAAGGAUGUACCUGCACACGCGUGGACCAUUUUUGAAGAUCCCAAGGAGCUGUAUGGGUUUGUUGAGGGAUUGGGGAUGGAGGACCAGGACUUUUAA